CAGGCCGGGUGUCUGCAGUCUACCUCGUUCUGCUCAAGUGUUACGACGUCGCUUUCCUCUGCAUAAACAUGGCUCUUCUCAGGUUCUCGGUGUUGGUUUUGCUGUUGGGCUACAGCAACGCUCACAGCGCCGGCGCCCCGUCGUCCGCAUGCAACUCCCUCACGCCUGACCACGGCCCUGGCACGACCAUCACCAGCGGUGGCCAGCCUCCCUACACCCUUGAUGCGCCCGCUAGAGUCGCUCCUGGAGCCGCGACUACAGUGAGCAUCUCCGGAGCGCCCUUCAAGGGCUUCAUCGUGCGCGCAAUGGACGCCCAGGGUAACAACGGUGGCGCAAGCUUCCUGCCAGGCACCGGCUACCAAACUCUCGACUGCAACGCUCCCGACGACACCGCAACCCACGUGUUCUCCGGCAACGGCGUCAACUCCGUGAAGCUUCAAUGGAGCGCUCCUAAGCAGCCCGGCAUGUACAGGAUUGUUGCCACCAUCGUUAAGUCAUACUCGGAAAUCUACACCGGCUACUUCACCGAUGUCCGCGUCCAGUAAACAUCCCUGGUAUCCAACAUACCAUUGCAUGCAUAGUAAAUGUCCCCGAUUAUUCAACCAUGAAAUUCUAUAAGAAAUAUACCAGGUAUCCAAUAUACAAUCGGACUGUAGGUAUCCCCGGGAUCCAACAUACAAUUGCAGAGAAAAAUUAUCCGGUAUCCAAAAUACAGUUACAUAGUAAAUAAAUCCGGUAUCCAACAUAUCAUUGAAUCACAGUUCCGGGAACAAGGGUUCACAUGAGCACCGGUUGAACUAUUUAAUUUAAAUUUCAUCAUUUGUCGAUGCAGGCAUCAGACUGACGAUGCUAGGCACUGAUAGUUUAACUUGAAUUUCUCGAUUCGGGAAUACGUCGUAAGAAUUUUUUAUGCGCGAUGUCGACUUGAAUUUUCAUGUGUUAUGUUAUAGUGAAUAAUUUUACAAACUAAUGGCUACCUAAUAAUGCCAGAAUGAAAGUUUGAUCUAUUGGUAAACAAACAAUUAUUUUGAGCAUUAUAAUUUUUUCCGAGAGGUGUUAAAGUAUAAUUGGAGAGUCCAUCAAUAUUAUCAUUGGUGUCUUAAUGUAAGUGUUUUAUCAUAUUUUUAAUGAGGGUUUUUUGCUUUCGAACUUAGUUUAGUUAUACUCCGCUUAAUCAUAUUAAAUAUGUAUACUGAAUAAGAUAACUUCUUGAACCCUGUUAACGAAAGUUUUCAACCAAAUAUUUUUGUUUCUAUUAUGCUCGUAUUAUAAAAAUAUUAUUUUCAUGAAUUGAGCGAUUGGAUUCAAUAUCUGUUCCACACUGAAAAUUUAAUAACUUAAAAUAAAAGCUGAAUGAAAGUUUUUGCCCAACAAUUUGCAUGCAUUGAGGUCAAGUUUAGCCAUGCUGCUUGGACGCUCUCUGACGUUAUUUAAAUUCUCAAAGGCUAUUGAAUUACGCGGCUAGAAUGUAGCCUUGCUUGAAAUAGAGCUCUGCUUCAUUGCUAUUAAAAAUAUAGCCUAUUCAUUAGCGUCAAAUAAAGGUUUUUUGGCUCU